AUGCCGCAUCAUUUAACUUCGUUCGUUGCCGCUUUAACUGGAUCGAUUAGUUCAGGAACUUGCUGUGGAUGUAUCCCUUUCACGUUUUCCCCUGCUGUUACACCUGCAAUUGCAUCUUCAACUGCUCCCAUAUCAGCAACCAUACCUAACACAGUUGUUCCUGCUGCUGUUGCAUCUCAAAGUGCUAUAACAUCAACACCAGUCUUAGGAAGUGUUGUUGCGUUUUUUGCCCCGUAUUUGUCUUUUUAUAAGAAAUGUAAUAUCUUCGAAGAAACGAAAGAAAGUCCUAAAAAGGUGGACAAAAUGUGUCAGUGUAAUUUAAUCAGUGCAGAUGAACUAAAUUAUCAAAGUCAUGAUAUGCUAAAGGAACAAUCGUAUCUUAGCAGAGAAGAGAUUUUUGAAAAAAAUACUGAUAACGAACAUUGCUCUAGUGAUAAUGAAACAGUUAAUAAUUGCAAUUUAAAUAUUAAGGAGGAAAUAAUUAAGGAAGAAUUGAAUUUAUUAGAUCAUGAAAAAUCUUUUACCAGUAGUGAAUAUUCUAUGCAUUCCUUUCUAGAAGAUGCAGAAAUGGGAACAAUUUAA